AUGCCGUCAGCAACUCGUGACCAAAUCCUGCUGAUUCCCUGGGACUCCGGCUCAGCAGAGCAUGUCAAUCGUCUCUAUGAACAGAGAGUUCAAUGCGGUUGGGAUAAACAGAGGGUUGAGGGAUGGAAGGAAAAGCAGACGAUAGGAGAAAAGUGCAUAUUUUGGAUUACACUUCGACCCGAGGACACCCAAACUCGCGAAUAUCUUGAACUUCACUUCAAUGCAUUCCCUUCUGAAAAAGGCCCAUUGAUAGACACAGCCGAAAGUCUCCGAGCCAAGCCACGAACGCCAUCACAUACCAAAUUUCACCCAGUUGGUCACAUCUCACUUGACCACACCAAUGAGAAGAAAGGGGACUUCGUUCUGGACCUUCCCGAAGAAGGAGUCUAUUGGAUCAAGACCUUUUACAUUUCGAAAGCACUGCGAAGCAAAGGCAUUGGACGCGCCGCCAUGGACCUCGUCGAGUCAAUGGCCAUUGAUGAACCACUAUGUGCAAAGACACUGGCCCUUGAUACUGCUCAGAAGGAUACACAAAAGAGACUUUACAGAGAGAAAACUGGCUCGGAGUUAGCUUCUACUAAUCAAGAUUGGUAUCAGAGACGCGGGUAUCGAUUAAUUCAUACGGAACCAAACUUUUAUACGGAUCCUGAAGAACCUCCGGUCGAUGCUGUAUUUCUGAGAAGGGACAUUGCAUAG